CACAGACCUGCAGCUCAGUGCAGCUCAUGAUCAUCAGGCACUUUCAUUCUGGUCCAAGAUGAAUAUCCUCACCGUCCUACCGUCCGACUUUGGAUAUGUCAUAUUUACUUACUUCUACAGCUGGAUUAUGCUCAGUUAUUUGGGCAUCAAGGUUGGGGCCGCCAGGAAGAAGUACGACGUGAAGUAUCCUACGAUGUACAGUGACAAGGAACAGGUCUUCAACUGUAUCCAGAGAGCCCACCAGAACACCCUGGAGGUUUACCCUCAGUGGCUCGUCUUCCAAACCAUUGCAGCCCUGGUUUAUCCGUUAUCUGCAUCUGUGCUGGGGUGUAUUUGGGUGACCAGCAAGUUUUCCUAUGCCUGGGGCUACUACACAGGAGAUCCAGCGAAGAGGAUGAAGGGGGUUUAUGGCUACAUUGGAUAUUUUGGAGUCAUCUUUCUAUCCAUUUCCGUAGCUUUGCAGCUGCUCGGAGUCUUUUAAGAUGGUUGUCAACUUGUUUGCAAAUUUUCCUGUAGCAUUUUUAGAAAUAAUACUACAGUCUCAAUAUAGUUUAUUAAAUGCCGUUAUGGACCACUCAUAUAAAAAAAAAAUCAAUAGAGCCUAAGUGUCUGUUUCAUAUAGGUCAUGUUAAUGAAGGACAAGGUUUUUAGACUAAAGCCUAAUGGCAUUUCCUAAAGAUAUAUUUUUGUGAAUGUUUCCAUCACGUACUUGUCAAUAUCCAGUGGUAGGAAAUUCAGGUCCACCAUGACUGUAUUUGACCAUCCAGGUAUUUCCACAGACAUGUGUUUAGGUCUCUGGUGUUUCAGAUAGUUGCAGUUUAAACACGACUCCAGAUAACAAUCAAGCCCACAUCCACUCACAUCAGCGUGGAUGUGAACAUCCUCCGGACAUUUGGAAUGCCAAUCAAAAGGAACAAAAAAAUCAAAAAUAUGGAAACAGAAUGCAUUAAAAGAAAAUAGAUUACAAGCAGCACAUGUGUAGGAGACUUUGAGUUCACAUCAGUGAUCUAAUUUGAAUUGUUAUGUCUGGGUGAAGUUGUUUUUUGUUUUCUAACUCUCUCUUAGGAUGAGAUGAGAACCUAAUUCUUUUACCUUAAUUUCAGUUUAUGUUUCCUGUCAGUCUUAAAACCAAAAUAUUAAGUGAUGGCAUCACGAAACAAUCAAUAAAGACUAAAAGAAUGAA